UAUGGGAAUGAACAACAACGACCCAUCAGUGUUUAUCUAAGAUGCUCAUGGUGUUUGUCGGUAACAUUAAUAAGAGGGCUAUCGUUUUCGGACUGAAGAAGAACCUAAUGAAAUUGUUUAAAAAACCUGUGUAAGGUUUUCGAAAUCUCAAAGUGGAAAAAGUCAAGGGUCUCUGUAUCAGUUUGAAAGAAAUCAUCAAGAUGUGGAGGAACGGCAAAUCUUUAGCUGAGAAGCUCAGAAUGGUUUCUAGGAAUUAUGUUACGGCCAAAACCAAAACUAUCGCCAUCAGACGCGAGGACCAGAGCGUUUGGGAGAGACGCGCCCCUUUUGCUCCCAGCCAUGUCCGCAAACUAGUCAAAAGAGGGGUCAAAGUUAUCGUCCAGCCCAGCAACCGCAGAGCAUACCCCAUGCAGGCCUACAUCAACGCGGGGGCCACUGUGCAAGAAGACAUCUCGGAGGCGACCGUCAUAUUCGGAGUGAAGCAGGUACCAAUUGACCAGCUCAUACCCGACAAAACGUAUUGUAUAUUCUCGCACACGAUCAAGGCGCAGGAAUCCAACUUGCCGCUCCUGGACGCCAUUCUGGAGAAGCGGAUCCGUCUCAUAGACUACGAGAAGCUCAUGAACGAGAAGGGGACCAGAGUGGUGGCUUUCGGAAAGAUGGCCGGUAUUGCAGGAACUGUCAACAUCCUGCACGGUAUGGGGCUGAGGUUGUUGGCACUUGGACAUCACACUCCUUUUAUGCAUAUUGGACCUGCGCAUAACUACAGAAACUCCAGUAUGGCCAGACAAGCCGUCAGAGACGCAGGGUAUGAGAUAGCCCUGGGGCUCAUGCCAAAAUCCAUAGGACCUCUCACCUUCGUAUUCACCGGAUCGGGAAACGUUUCUCAGGGAUCUCAGGAAGUUUUUCAAGAGCUGCCUCACGAAUACGUCAGUCCAGAACUUCUGAAGAAGGUUGCAGAACACGGGAGUUUGAACAAAGUCUACGGGUGUGAGGUUAGAAGAAGACACUACCUGGAACGUGCAGAUGGUGGGGGUUUCGACCCUGUGGAAUACGAAGAACACCCAGAGCGAUACAUAUCUACGUUCAACAAAAAAAUUGCUCCAUACGCCUCAGUGCUGGUCAACGGGAUAUACUGGGCCGUGAACAGUCCAAAACUACUGACGAUUCCUGAUGCUAAACAUCUUCUUAGGCCGGCUCACACUCCAUGGUUACCAACCUCCGUAGGAGCUCCAGCAUUACCUCACAGGAUGUUGGCCAUAUGCGAUAUUUCAGCAGAUCCAGGUGGCUCAAUCGAAUUUAUGAACGAAUGUACGACCAUAGACACCCCGUUUUGUCUAUACGACGCAGAUCGAAAUAAAGACACCAGAAGUUUCAAUGGACCAGGAGUGCUGGUGUGCAGCAUCGAUAAUAUGCCCACGCAGAUACCUAGAGAGAGCACAGACUUUUUUGGAGAUCUGCUGUACCCCUUUGCUUUCGAUAUAAUCCAAAGCAAUGCUCAAGAACCACUGGAGAGGCACAGCUUUUGUCCUGUUGUGAAUGGGGCUAUAAUUGCCAGUAACGGACGACUGACUACCAAUUACGAGUACAUUCAAGAGCUGAGAAAAAGCUCGAGCAAAAGCAAACACAAAUCAAGCGGUGAUGGCACUCCCAAUGAAAAGAACGUUCUCAUAUUAGGAGCAGGCAGGGUAGCAUCCCCAUUGGUAGAAUACUUAUACAGAGAUAAAUCAGUCGGCAUCACAGUCGCUUGUGAACAAACAGAGCUAGGGGAUAGACUAGCUAAUGAUUAUCCAGGUGUGGAGAGUACCUACCUGAACGCAACCGAAAAUACAUCUUCUCUGCAAGAUCUAGUCAGGAAAGCUGAUGUUGUAGUAUCUAUAUUACCUGCUAGUUUGCAUUCUGUUGUGGCUAAGGCCUGUAUCAACGAAGGCGUGCAUAUGGUGACUGCUAGUUAUAUGUCCCCGACAGUUAAAGACCUUCAUCAGGCAGCCCAAAAUGCCGGAGUGACCAUUUUGAACGAAGUCGGUCUAGACCCAGGUAUUGACCAUUUCCUUGCCUUGGAAUGUAUACAGGAAGUGCAAAGCAGUGGUGGAACGGUAACGUCGUUUGAAUCCUUCUGCGGGGGAUUACCAGCGCCAGAAUUCAGCGACAAUCCUCUGAGAUACAAGUUCUCCUGGUCACCAAGAGGUGCUCUUUUGAACACCGUAUCGUCAGCAAGAUAUCUUAGAAAAGGCCAAAUCGUUGAAAUCAGCGAAGGAGGCGAGUUGAUGCGAGCAGCGCAACCCUUGGAUUUCCUCCCCGGCUUCAACCUGGAAGGCUUCCCAAACAGAGACAGCUUGAAGUACGCCAAAUUGUACGGCAUAGAUGGCGCUAACACGAUCCUCAGAGGCACCAUCAGAUACAGCGGCUUUGCGCAAGCUGCGAGACAGCUUCAAUUCCUGGGGCUGCUCGACAGCGAAAUCCACCCCAGCUUGCACUUGCAAGGACCCGAAAUCACGUGGCGGAAGUUCAUCUGCGACCUGCUGGGGUUAGAAGACUCAAAUAUUUUCUAUGACAACUUGAAGAGCAAGAUUACCGAAAGAACGGGUACAGAGACCGCCGUGGAUGUUUUGGAGGAAUUGGGGUUGUUGGAGGAAAAAAGUGUGGUUAAGUGUGGAACGCCUUUAGAUACGUUGACGCAUUAUUUGUCCACCAAACUGGCAUUGGAAAAAGACGAAAGGGAUAUCAUAAUCCUCAGGCACGAUGUUGGAGUUCUAUGGCCAGAUAACAAAAAAGAAACUAGAGGAAUCAACUUCGUGGUAUACGGAGAUAUCAACGGGCAUUCAGCCAUGGCGAAAACGGUCGGUUAUCCAGCAGCGAUUGCUGCAAAAAUGAUUCUAGAUGGUGAAAUUCAGGAACGGGGUUGCAUACUUCCGUUCGCUCCAGAAAUUUAUAGAACAAUGUUGCAAAGGCUGAGGAUGGAAGGUUUCAACAGUAGCGAAACAUCGAAGUUUGCCUAGAUGUCCAGCUCAUUCUCACUUGUUGAUACAAUUACAGCUGAAGGACUAAAUAUAAUGUGUGAUCUUACUUAAUUAGGUGUUUAUUCUAAGUAAAUAUUUUAGGCACCUGAUGUUCUUUUCUGGGAAAGAUACAUUUUAUUCAGUCGUUUUAUAGACUGAAAAAAAAUAGAUUGAUUAGUCCUUAAUGAAAAUGUAUUAUUAAGUAUGUUCAUUAGUUUUUAGAAGUCGAUUUUUUGUUUAUAUCAACAGAAAAAAGAGUUAGUAUUACAAAUAAUAUAUUUGUGAUGACACAUCAGCGAAAAAUAAACCCAGCAUUGUUUUAUUUAGGUGAUAAGAAAAAAUGUUCAUGAUGGAAUUUAUGUAUGGAUUUUACUAAAUACUUUUUUGGGUUUAAAGAAUG